GAAAGAAGUUGAAAGGAUCUGAAGUCUGUUUGAAUGAGCAUCUGACUAAGAAAACGUCCGAUAUUUCUCGUGAAUCCUGAAGAAAAACAUCAAGAUCAAAUCAACGUGGAUGAGAAACUGUAAGGUUUUCAUUCAACUUCAGGGAGCCACUCCGGAUCGAGACAAAGUGACACUGAUCCUCAGAGUGUCUCCGAUGAAGCUGCUGGUUGUGUUGCUCUUCGUUGGCUCUGCAGUGGUUCAUAGCACAGAGCGGACGUUGCCUGGAGUCUGGGAAACAUUCAAUGGACGGAGUUUCAUGUUUGUCAAGAGUCUGAUGUCGUGGAGCGAGGCUCAGGUCCAUUGCAGCAGUUUGGGUGGAAGCCUCGCCUCCAUCCACAACGUUUAUGAGGAGGAGUUUGUGAGCAGAAUGACAGAGGGACGAGCCUGGAUCGGCCUGACAGACUCUCGGCAUGAGGGUUUGUGGUUGUGGAGCAGCAGUGAGCCGGUGACGUACUUGGGCUGGUGCGCAGGACGACCGGACGACGACAGGGGGCAGCACUGUGCAGUCAUCAACCACCAGGGGCAGAGGUGCUGGGACGACAUGUGGUGCAACGAUCAUUUACCUUUUGUCUGUGCACAAAAAUAAACCUGCUGGAAAAAAAAUCUGUGACUUAAAGGUGCAUUAUGUAACUUUUUGGUUGGGGCUCUGUCACCUGAUCGUUUCUAUGGAGAUGUCCGGCAAUGAGCGGAAUUACCGAGAAAACAAAACAAACAAACAAAAAAGGGAUAUAGCCCCAAAUGUGAAAACAGGAAAAUACCGCCAUGUAAUCCAUUAAUUUCAACAAAGUAACUGUAAUCCAAUUACCACUCAUUGAAACAGUAUCUGUAACUGAGUACAGUUACUCAUAAUUUGUACUCUGAUUACAUAACGCCAGUACAUGUAAUCUGUUACUCUCCAAUAAUGACACUUAAAGGUUGUAUAGAGGAUUUUUUUAAGGAAAGAGAAAUCCAGCGACAGUCCUUGACACCACCUUCCUCCUCCACAGGUCCCUCUAGAAAUAACUUAGAGACCGACACCUCAG